GAUUGGCUAGGUGUGAUCAUCUUGCAGGAGGUCGUGGCUUUUUCGGACACUUGACUUGUUAAAAUAUUCUGCAGAUUGGGGGACGUGGGAGUGUGUAGUCACUUUGUAGUGGCAUGGACUCUUCCCUUCCUAGGCGUUAGACUUUCAGCUGAUAAAUGUAUUAAUAUUGGUUUGAUAUUGCUAGCAGCGUGCUCAUUGUUAUCUAGGCGUGUGCAUUGAAGGGAAAGUUCCAGCAUGGCGUAUAGGGAUAUUGGUACCUUUUCCUUGCUUGGGAUGCGGACUUGUGUGGAUAUCUCUUGCUGGGCGUAAGGAUUAUUCUUGUAUUGCUGUUUACUUGAUUUCCCUCUUGACCACUGUGGUGUAUCCAUCCAUGUGUGGCUAGUAUGGUGAUGGCGUGAAGAGCAAAGGGAAGUGUCAAGCUAAUUGCUAGUCUUGGUUUGAGUUGCUGACAGUGCCGGUUUCUUGGAUUGGGUGUGGCUCUUCAUUAGAUUUAUCAGUGGAAGCAUUCAUCCUUUGCAUUCAUUAUUCUCCCUGCAAGGCGAUUAUAGUUGUGCGGAGUUUGUGGUCUGAGCCAAAUGAUUAUUAAUGUUUUAAUGCAGCCAUUGAUGAGAUUAUGGACAAGAUACUUUCAAAACCAAUUCGGCCAAACUUCGCAAUUGCCUUUGCAGGCCAAAAGUUCAACUUGUCAAGGAUAACCACCCUACUAAAAAAGAUUUUAGGUUCAAGAAUCCCCACAGUUGCAUGUUUUGCUACUGGUAUAAUUGGUCCAGAUGCAAUUAGUAGUGACCAAAAGGAGGUAACGUGGAGGCAACCAGCUUAUGAGACAAGCAAAGCUGCUCGUCGUAGGAUUAUUGAUGAACAGCAUGGUCUUGCUGUCACAAUUGGACAUUUUCCUGGUUUAAAGAUAGAGGCAAUUCCUUUAUGCAAUUCAUUGGUAGAAGACGAGCUUAAGUCCUUUGUGGAUGAUGUUGGGGUUUAUACAUCGUCAGUAUCAAACCAUGCAAAUCCAUUAGCAAUGAUAGUACUUGCUGACCCACGAGCAAAUAUUAGAGGCAUUCUUGAAAGCCUUGAGGAGGGCCUAGACGGGGACACUGUUAUUAUAGGUGGGCUGGCAGCAGAGCAUGAAGGAGCUUGCGUUUCCUUUAAUAGCCAAGAUAUGGAAACUUCAACUUCAAAAAAAAUUCUGAAGGAUAGGAAGGCACGGAAGGGAGCUCCUGUAAUUUAUGAUGCUGUUGCUCUUGUAUUCGCAAAAAGAAAGAAUGAUGACAUUGAGUCUGCAAGAAUUCACUUUAAUCCUGCGGUCUCAGCAGGAUUAUCACCAGUAGGACCAACCUACAAGGCUAUUUCGGUAAGGGUUUCAAGAGAUGACGUGGAGAGGCAAACUGUUACCUGGCUUACUUGUAAGAGGGAAGGAAUGCCUGCAGAGCUUGACGGACAGUCUGUACUAGAGGACUUGGAUGAUCAGGUAGGAGGUGAUAUUUUAAGUGAAGGAUUGUUUAUUGGAGUCUCAAAAAGGAGCAAGUGUUCUGUAGGAAAGGACAAGGCUAUGGUUCCCUUCACAAUCCAUGAAGUUCAUGGUGCCGAUGAACAAUACCUUUUUGUUGAAGGGGAAGGAAUCAAGACUGGAGAUGUAUUUCGGUUCUAUAGAACAGACUCAGAGACAGGGAAGUCUUCUAGCAAUUUGGCACUUGAACAAGUACGUGAACACUUGAGAUCUCCGUUCAUCCUUGACAGAGUUCAUCCUGCAACCACUGUUGAAAUGGUAGCCAGUACAUCAAUGCAAUGUGAUAAUAAAGUACUUGGUGGACUCUUGUUUGCUUGCAAUGGCCGUGGAGAAUCAUAUUUUGGUGAACCAAAUGUUGAAAGCUCAAUUUUUUCUCACAACUUUCCUGAUGCACCAAUAACAGGAAUGUUCUGUUUAGGGGAGAUUGGACCUCCAUCUGUUCGUUCAUGGGAGGCUGCAGGAGGUGAUACUAAUAGCAGAUUAAAUUUCUACAGUUCUAUGUUUUUGGUGUUUUCUUACACUCUAAAAUGUGCUGAGUAAUUUUCAAAGCACAACACGCUUCUGGACCUAUUUGCUGAUCCUCAACCAAAAUGCACAGCAGUUUCCAUGUGGUAUGUAGAAUAAAGUCUGGUCGGGUAGCCAAAUAUCCACUCUGUAGAGCUGAAAACGAGUUGAUACAAUGUUUUAAGUUGAAAUAUUGGCAUUUAAGGUGAAUGAAAACUUAGCUUAAGGAAAUUGAAAGUAUUAUAUGUUAUGUUGUUGGACAUGCUUUUGAGUACUUCUAAAAUAAACGACGGAUCAGUUUUAAUGUCAGAAUUUAUGCAUAAGUGCUUAAAAGACGUGCUUGGCAAAAUAUUUUAUCCUAUAUAAUUUUGUUUGCACAUGCUUAUUCAA